CAUCUAUUUUUUUUUUUAUUACUUUGGCAGGAUGUCAUCUUACAACUGCUCUUUUGAUCUAAUGGCUGAAAAAGAUGGCUGGCUUUGUCCUCCUGGGGGAAAAUGUGUCAAUUUGACCUCUGGCAUGAACGUAAGCCACAUUGAUAUGGAUGAUGCAUGUCUGACAGAUGAAGAGUACCUGGAGAAAUAUCUGGGACCUCGUCGAUCAUCUGUGUUCCUUCCCAUCUGCCACAUCUACCUGGUCAUCUUCAUGGUAGGUGUGGUGGGGAAUGUGCUGACAUGCACUGUCAUUGCACGCAACAAAGUGAUGUGGACGCCAACAAACUACUACUUGUUCAGCCUGGCGGUGUCAGACCUGCUGGUGCUGCUGCUCGGCAUGCCAUUAGAGCUGUAUGAGUUGUGGCAGAAUUACCCCUUCCUCCUGGGGAAGGGCGGCUGUUACUUCAAAACCUUUAUAUUCGAGACUGUUUGCUUGGCGUCUAUCCUCAACGUGACAGCGCUGAGCGUGGAGCGGUACAUUGCUGUGGUUCACCCGCUACGCGCAAAGUAUGUUGUGACACGCACCCAUGCCAAGCGGGUCAUACUUACAGUGUGGGGUGUGUCGGUGUUGUGUGCUUUGCCAAACACAAGUCUGCAUGGGAUCAACGUCCUUCAACGUCGCUCUACUAGCCCUGCUGGUAACAUAACCAUGGAGAUUCCUGACUCAGCAAUCUGUACACUAGUAAAACCACGCUGGAUGUAUAACCUAACCAUCCAGGUGACCACCUUGCUAUUUUUCAUGUUGCCCAUGCUCACCAUCAGCGCUCUCUACAUGCUCAUCGGGUUACAGCUGAAGCGAGAGAAGAUGCGUCAGACACUGGAGGCGAAGACAGGCUUUGGACAGGACAUCUUCUGUAGCAUCCGAUCACAACAGCAGAAGGCACGUCGCCGGCAGGUCACUAAAAUGUUGUUCGUUUUAGUGGUGGUGUUUGGGAUCUGCUGGGCCCCGUUUCACACUGACCGCCUCAUGUGGAGUUUUAUCAUUGACUGGACUGACUACCACCUGGAAAUCUUCCAGUAUGUGCACAUCAUCUCCGGAGUGUUUUUCUACCUUAGCUCAGCAGUCAAUCCAAUCCUGUACAACCUCAUGUCAACACGCUUUAGAGAAAUGUUCAAGGAAGUCAUGUGCCAUCGGCCACAUCACAUCACUCCCAGAAAACACUCUCUCAGUGUCACCCGGGUGACGCUCCGCAGCACCCUGAGUGAUGCGCCUCUUAGCAACGGAGCCGCUGUUGUUGAAGUCGAGGCAGGAGAUGGAGAUGUGAGGAUGAAAAAUGAAACCUGUUUUUCAAGUUAAAUUCAGGCGCAAAAUAAACCUAGGGGUUAAUAACA